AUGGGCCCUGCACUUCUUCUGCUCGGCCUCGCCGCCCUUAUUGCUCCAUCUGUGAGUUACAGUUGCUAUGGCGAUAUAAGUACUUUUCAAGCCCCUGUGAUUUCCUGUACAGCCGUAAGAACUCCUGACUGUGGAAUGGAUGCAGUAAAGAAGACUUUUCAGAUCGACUCUGUACGUCUGAGGAAAUAUGAGAUACCGAUUAAGAGAGUAGCCAGAAAUCUGUGCUUGGACCCAGCGCUCAUCGCUGCCAUCAUCUCGCAGGAGAGCCGUGUUGGCCUUCUCUUAAACAAUGGCUGGGACCAGGGAAGACGCAAGUUUGGCUUGAUGCAGAUUGAUAGACAGUAUCCUAACCUUUAUGGAACCUGGGAUAGUGAAGAACACAUAAAUCAAUGCUCAAAUAUCCUAGUGGUUGCAAUUAAUGAAGUUCGGGCAAGACAUCCCACCUGGACCAUGGAACAGCAGCUGAGAGGAGGAAUCUGCACCUAUCGUUCGAGGAUUGGCAAUGUCCAGGUCUAUGAUGAAGACCCAUGCCAGAGAGACAACUACUAUGUCAAUAAUGUUAUUAGGCGAGCCCAGUACUUUAAGAGAAAUGGGUUCUAG